UCUCUCUAAUUCAUGUGGCUGAAAGCUCCCGUUGCUGCUUCUUUAAUCGCUGUUUGUGUUUAUUAUCUGACCGUUCAGCGGACCGAAGUAGAAGAGGACAGGUCGGUUUUAGAAUCUUUACGACAGAUUUAUGCUGUUUACGUUACGUUUUCGGAGCAUGUCUUCUGCUCUUACUCGUCAUGUCAUCUGGAAGUCUGAGGGGCUGGUGGCCUACCUGAACCCCCGGCCCUGGACCCCAGGUUCAGUCAUCCUGGAGAGCAGUAGUCCUGGAAGUCCAGGUGGCAGCAUCUUCCACCUGAACGAGUCUGAGUACUUAUCCUGGCUGCUGGGGUCCAGAGCUGUUGCAGAGCUGCUGUGUGACCGGCUGGGAGUCCAGAGGUGUGCUCUGGUUAGCAGACCACACAGAGAUAUACCUGCUCAGAUCCGGAUCGUCCCCCUUCACGGUCUGGAUGCAGAAUGGCGUCCUCACCUCGCUGGAGAUGAAGAGCACAACGCCCAUGAUCCAGGCUAUUGCACGUCCAAAACGGCCCCUCGAUGGAGUGACUCUAGCCUGACUGCUAUACAAACCAAAAUUAGAACCAAACUCCUGGUCCCCAAUGCUCGACCUGAUCUCUCUUUCCUCGGGGACGAUCCGGCUCACCCUGGUCUUUUCUCUCGGAUCAUUCGAGGGGAGGAGCAACACUGGCGAGUGUGGGAGGAUAAAGAUCACGUGGCCUUUCUCACUCCUUUCCCAAACUCCCCAGGCUUCACCGUGUUAGUGCCACGACGACCUUUAACCUCUGACAUAUUCAGACUGGGAAAGACAGACUUUGAAGGGCUAGUACUUGCCACUAAGAAGGUGGCGCAGCUCCUUGAGGAGGGGUUAGGUGCCUGGGGGGUAGGGCUUAUUUUUGAAGGUUUUGAAAUAGAUUACGCUCAUGCCAAGCUGAUACCUCUAACUCUUCCUUCAUCAGUGGAAGAAAAUAAUGCCACUAAACCCACAUCUGCUCAGUUUCACCCCACUUACCCUGGAUAUGUCACAUCAGAGGAUGGACCCGAGGCCAGUUCAGAUAACCUGGAGAAGAUCCACGCUAAGAUUACUGAAAACGUAAAGCUGUAAGAUCCUGUCGAAUUCCUGCUGAGGCAAAGAGUUUUAGUAAUUUUACAGGAUUAUUGAUGUGCUCCAUGAUUUUCUCAGUCUAAUAAUGAAGAAAUUAGUUUUUGUGUACCAACAAAUGCUCUGAGUUUUAUUGAAAUUAUUUGUACAGAGUCCAGACUUUUUGAAAUAAUCAUGAUAACAAGGAUGUUUCAAUUAAAUGUUGUGCUAGGUACUUGUUUGAUUACAGUAUUUUAAAAAAAUGGGUCAGAUUUGUCAUUUUUCAUGAAAUGUAUGUAGUUAUAAAUGCAAUUAUUUAAUUUAUCAUCUUUCAUUAGUUACAUCACGUCUAAUUGGUCCCGCUGUGAGUUGCUGGUUAUGAAGCUGAACUAGCUAAGUGUUUUUAAAGUACUUUGUAAAUUAGACAUUGCCUUGGGCUAUCAUUAAAGCCUGUUAGGAGUUUUUACUUCUGGUUGCCAGAGAAGGACUAAUUAAAAACAUCUAACAUUAAAAAAAUAGACUUGAUCCUAACUAACUUUCUGCAACCUGCAGUCCAGUAAAUGAUCAAUAUUUUUUUCCUACCUUUACAAAAACCUUCACAGCAGCCAUCAGACGUAACUAUAAAAAUUGGGUAACACUUUACAAUAAGUGUCUCCUUAUUAAUUAAACUUAGUGCAUUAUUAUGCAUUAAUAAACCAAGGGUCCCUUUAGUAAUGUUAACUGUUAAUUAGGAAUAUUAAAUAGGACAAUGGGGGUGGGGGUUGUCUUCUGCUUAGUAACGCAUUACCUAAUGUGGUUAAGUAGUUAACACUAUUUAAUAAUGCAUCAACUAAACAUCAU